AUGGAGUUGUCCGCAGGCCUGGCCAAACUGCAGGCAGAGGUCAUGUGCCCCGUGUGCCUGGACUACCUCAAGGACCCGGUGACCCUGGACUGCGGACACAACUUCUGUGGCGCCUGCAUCGAGAAUUCCUGGAAGGAGGUGGAGGGCACGUUCCCCUGCCCACUGUGCAGGCAGCCCCGCCUGAGAAGGAGCGUCAGUGCCAACCCGCAGCUGGCGAGGCUGGUGGAGCUGGCCCAGCUCCUGCAGGGCUCCAGGCCCCUUGCAGGCGAGGAGGCGCAGGCAGAGGCGCGCAGCUGUGCGGAGCACCAGCAGGAGCUGAGCCUCUUCUGCGAGGACCACCAGGAGCUGCUGUGCCCGCGCUGCGCUCAGAGCGCGGCCCACCAGGGCCACCGCGUGGCGACGGUGCAGGAGGCCGCGCGCCGGCACCGCCAGAGGCUCGGCGGCUACAUCGGGCCCCUCAAGAAGCGCCUGGCCCAGGUGCAGAAGAUGACGGUGGCGCAGGACAGGACCCUGCGGCAGCUGCGGGAGGACGUGGACCGGCAGAAGCGGCGGCUGGCGUCGGAGUUCGAGCAGCUCGCGGAGUUGGUGGAGCGCCAGCAGGACGCCGCGCUGGGCAGGCUGGCCGAGGAAGACAAGCGCCUGCAGAGGCAGCUCAGCGCCAACAUCGCCGCCUACUCGGACCACAUCGCCCGGCUCAAGGGCCUCAUGAAGGAGGUGGCGGAGCGCAGCGUCCUGUCCGAGGAGAUGCUGCUCGCGGGCCUCGGGGGCGUCGUGCGGCGCUGCGAGGACCUGCAGCCCCCGGCCGUGGCGCCCCUGAGCUGCAGGCGCCCCAACUACAGCCUCCCCCCUCUGUGCUCUGCGCUCAGCAACCUCAUCCGCAGGUUCCGCGAGCCCGUGAGCCUGGACCCCCAAAGGGCUCACCCUAGUCUGCUCGUGUCCGAGGACGGAAAGUCCGUGUCCUGGGUGCCCAAAAGGCUCAGAUCGCAGACGAGCGCCAAGUCCGGAGGCAGCAGCGCCGAGCUGGUGGUCCUGGGCCGCGAAGGCUUCUCCUGUGGCCGCCACUACUGGGAGGUGCAGGUGGGCGACAAGCCCGAGUGGGCCGUGGGCCUGCAGGAUGGCGUCUACCUGGGGGCCGGCUCUGCGGGGGCGCCCCUGGCUGUCAAGGACAGGCCCAAGGUCAUCGGCAUUUUUCUGGACUAUGAGCUGGGCCAGCUUUGCUUCUACAAUGCGAGCGACAGGUCCUACCUCCACUCUUUCUUGGAGACCUUUGCUGAGGUGCUGAAGCCCUACUUCCGUGUGGGACUCGACUGCACCCCUCUGACCCUGAGCACUGGGAGUGGGGACCUGGACUGA